AUGGAUUCAAGAGAGGAUAUAGAAAGCCACCCACUUGAUUACACUGAUUCACUUACAGAUUUCUUCAUUGUUGAUAUCGUGGAUGUCUUUCGGAGAACACCUGAGCCUAUUCAUUUUCAACAAUUUAACAUUUCGUCUACAAUAAUGGAUUUCAAGCCAAAAAAACCAACAGCGAUUUGCAGAUUAUUUUCCUAG